UAGACAUUGACUGCAGUCUUGUGAUGCUUUUUAGUUCUUUCCUACGAAGUUUCUCUUCUGAGACCAUGGAUUAACAUUUAUAACUAGCAAAGAGUGUUGCACAACUAGUCCUGUGGCUGAUCUUUUCCUAAAGCUGAUCUAACAAAGCAAUAGAUCGAGAUUCGCGAGGAUGAGCAAAACUCAAUUGUAUAGCAGUGGUUUAGAGUUGGCAAAUUUCGUGGUGACCCUUGAUAUCUUGCACGAUGCAUGGACUGCAAUUUGGAGUCUAUACACAGAAAUUAGUCAGAAUGAAGGACCAUCUUCCUUCGUGAGAUUCAAAGUUUAUGAACUACCAAACUAUACCAUUAUAGCGUUUUUCACUUGGCCCUCUAGUAGCAAAGACUCUGUUCAGGGCGGUGGAGGAGGAAAUUUAGUUUCAUCUUCAACUUUUAAGGGGUCUUUUCCUUUCUUUGAUUUCCUGUGCCCCAAAACCAAGGACCCAAGUUUCUCCAUUAACGAAUCUGCAUUUCAGCUUUUUAAAUCCAUUUUUGGUGUGCUCCCGAAAUUUGAGAUUGACAAUUCCAAACCUUUAAUUAUCACUGGAAACUCUUUGGGAGGAUCUGUUGCCACUCUGUUCACCUUAUCACUACUAGAAAAAUUCAAUUUUUCAAAAACCAAAGGCCCACUUUGCAUCACUUUUGGUUCACCCCUUAUUGGUGAUGAGAACCUACAAGAAGCCAUAUCUAAAUAUGCAGCAUGGAACUCUUGCUUUUUGCAUGUAGUUUCUGACCAAGAUCUAGUUCCCAGAGUCUUAAUUAACGGUUACCAACCUUUUGGCACAUUUCUCUUCUGUUCAAAGCUGGGUUGUUCUUGUUUUGAGGACCAUCAUACCAUUUUGGAGUUGUUGACAACAACCAAUUCAGGGACUCUUGAAAAUCAAGAUCCUAAUAAAGUUUUCGAGUCCUAUGGAACAUUUGUGAAGGAUCUCAACCGUAAGGUAAUUUGCAAGGAUACUACAGAUGAUGAGUCCUUAAUUGAUUGGACUACAACACCAUUACGAGCAGGCAUUAUUACACAACUAGUAACAAUCGGACUGGUGCAAUCACAGCAACAACAGAACGUUGACAUCAACAUUAUCAUAACAAAGACAGAAAAACAGGCAAAAAUGAUGGCAAUUUCAAACCAGCAUGCUUUUGAUCCCACCAGGGGGUUGAAUGACAUUAAAGUGCGUAUGGUCUAUCUAGAACAGUAUAAAAAGUUGUCUAAAGAAUAUAAAGAUGGAUACUAUGAUAGAUACAAGAACGGAGUCGGUAGGAGUGAUAUUGACCUAGUAAAGCAUAAGAAAUUCCUCACAUGUUACUGGGAAGAAAUGGUUGAUCAUGCAGAGAAAAGGCCUCAAACAGUAGGUGCCUCCCUUCGUACCCGUUCACUCUUCGGGGGAACAAAUUAUCGAAGGAUGAUUGAACCACUGGACAUAGCUGAUUACUACAAGGCAGGCAAACAAGACUACAUAAAUCAAGGAAGGUCAAAACAUUACAUAAUAAUGGAGCAAUUGCUGAAAGAAACGGAGAAACCUUCAAGUGGUCCAAAUGAAUUGAAGAAACAGAAUGUGGCGUCAAGUUUGACAGAGGAUUCUUGCUUUUGGGCACAUGUUGAGGAGGCUCGCAUUUCAUGCAAAUUGCUGAGUAGCGGAGAAUCAAAUGAUAGGGAGAAAGAAACAAACAAACUAAUUGAGUUUGAAAAAUAUGUAUACGGUUUGAUGAAAAAUUAUGCAGUGUCUUCUGAGAUUUUCUUACCUGAGAGCAGCUUCAUGACAUGGUGGAGAGAGUAUAGAGAGAUUAAGGGAACUUUUUAUCGUUCACAUCUCACUGGCUUAAUGAAUAAUGAAGAGAAUUACGACAAGUACGCUAAGGGCCGCUUGGUGAUUCCCUGAAGGUUUAUAUGAUUUUGAUCACAUAUUUCAAUAUUUAUGUGUGCACUUCCCUUCAAACAUUUAUGGUAUUUCGAAGUCAUUCCCCAAUAGAUUGUAAAUUAAAGAAAAUCAUCUUUUCAACUUUUUUAUUAUUUUUAUAAAAUUUUCAUGUCUUGCUUUUUCCA